AAUCCUUAUGUGCAACAACUCUGGCUUUGGAUGGGACCCAAUUGGAAAAACUUUCACUGCUCAUGAGGAUGUAUGGAAAGAUUACUUAAAGUCCCACCCAAGUCACAGCAAACUUCGAGGAAAAAGUAUGGUUGAUUAUGAGUAUUUGAAGAUCGUUGUUGGGGGUGGAGUUUCUAGCGGGAAUAAAUCUAUAUCAGUCGAUCCAGAUGAUACUGAUGCAACAACUUUUGAGCCAGAAAAUAGAACUGUUGGGAUAGAAGAAUUUUCAUAUGAUCCUAAUAGUGAUACAUUCAUAACACCAAAUAACUAUGAACCAGCAUAUCAGCCUCCAUCACCAAACCAACCAAGUCCACCAUCCCACCCCCCUUUAGAUUCAGAGGUUCCCAUAGAAAAACAAAACUGUCACAAGCGAAGGAGAUCCGAGUAUGGAGGGAGUUCAAGCGCUGUUGGGAUCAACAAUCAAGGCAACGUUCUGGAAAAUCUUUCUGUUGGCAUUGGGACUAUUGCUGUGAAUUUUGAAAAAAUAUCCAACAUGAUGGAGAAAAGAGAAAAAGAUAGAGAUAGAGAUAGAGAGCUUGAGGGUAUUAUUUGGGAUGUUAUAAAAGAAAUUCCAAAUUUGGAUGACAUAACGCGUUUCAAGACAGCUGAAUUGUUAAAUACUAAAGCAAAAAAGGAUUUUUUCUUGAAGAUGUCACCGGAAGAACGCUCAUCUUGGAUAAACUUUAAGUUAGGGAAUAAUUAAUAUUUUGAUCAUCUAUUAUUAACAUAUUAUUUUAAACAUCGUGAGUUUGUUGAACUAUAUCUUUUGGGUCUCUAUUUUGGUUGAAGUAUUUGGUUUGUUUUUUGGUCGAACUAUUAUGGUUGUAUUUUGGUUGAAAUAUUUGGUUUGUUUUUUGGUCGAACUAUUAUGGUUGAAGUAUUUAGGUUAUAUAUUUUGUGAAAUUGUUGUGGUUAAACUUUAGUUAUAUUUAUUUUAUAUAUGAAUUUGUAUUAACUUUGAUA